GGAAGCGAAAGCUGCGAUCGCUGCUGUCUGUGCUCCCGCGGCGCCAUGGCCGGGCCCGGCAGCUUCCCGCUCGUCGCCCUGCUCCUCAGCCAGUGCCUGGACACCGGGACCAGCAAGGCAGGGCUGAAGCUCUGGGCCGAGGACUCCAUGGCCCUGGGGUCCCCCCUGCAGCUUCACUGCGCCUUCCCGGGCCAGGAGCACAUCACCCUGGUGAGCUGGUGGCGCUGGGGCCAGAACUGGAGCCGUGAGGACCUGGCCGUGAUACACCCCACGCACGGGGCCUACGUGUUCCCCGCUGUCCGGGGCCGCCUGCGGGUCACCAACAUGUCCCACGACGGGCAGGUGGGGCUCACGGUGCCCAGCCUGGACCUGCAGCACAACGGCACCCGCUACUGCUGCAAGUUCUCCAGCUUCCCUACCGGCGUGUCGGAGCAGUGCCUGCAGGUCCUGAUCCCCGAGCCCGCCGCUGACCCCUCCCCGGCCCCCCACUCCUUGGGCAGCACCUUCCUGCGCCCCGACGUGCUGGGGACGCUGGGCACCGGGGGCUUCUUCCUGCUGGGGAGCGUCCUGCUGCUGGGGCACCUCCUGCGGGAGUGGGCAAGGAGGCGGAGGAAGCUGAAGGUCUCUCAUCCCCACCCCGACCUGCCCAGCUCUCAGGAGACCCCCAUGGCGCUGUGGGUGCAGCAGGGGCUGCCGGGCCGGCGUAGCUCUUUCUCCGCCCCCUACGUGCUCAUCAACUUGGACUAUUUCACCCCCCAGUCCAGCGCCACAGCCUACGGGGGGGCCCUGCCCCCCAAGGUACCCCCCCGGCCUGGCCGGGACAGAGGGCAGGGCCCGGGGCACAGCAGGGCCGCGCGCUGGGAGCAGGGGCGCGAGGAGCAGUGCCCGGACCUGACGCUGACUUCCUACCCCUCGGGACGCGGCGCCCCGCAAAGCUCCAGGGACCGUCCCGCCUCUGCGAAGACAGGACGCGGUCCGCCCCUCGUGCCGCGCGCUGGAUCCCAUGGCUGGAGCCGCCCCCUCCCGGAGCCGCCCGCCCCGGCGCCGUCGUGACAGGAUGGGAAUUUUCUGGAACGUUUUCUGUGAAGGCUGUGCGUGCCUCAGUUUCCCCCGACACGCAGCGGGGUGGGGAAAGGCGGCUCGCUCUCGGGCUGGGCACAACACAGGAGGGGGGACCGGCGCCGGGCCGCACCGGGUCUCUGGAGACAAUGGCAAAGCGAGUGACUGGGACAUUUGGUACCGAGCGACCAUGAACGGCCCCCGCCCGCAGGCAGCCGGCUGGAGAGCCAAGAACCGAGCCUGGCCAGGCUCCGGGUGACCUGGAUGGGCCAGGCUGAACAUCUCUGUUCUCCACAAAUAAACCACCCGGGGGGAAACCAGUCUCAGCGAGCCGCCCCCCGCCCCCGUUCCUCUAGGUCCUACAGAUAAACAGGCUGCUUGAUUCGCUCUCUCGGCCAGGGGGCGGGUGCUUUGUUUGGUUCUGU